AAAUCAUAAAUGUUGAGAUAAUCACUUAACAAAAUAUGUAGAAAGACCAAGCUUUAGAGAUUCAGCUGUUGCUUCAGCAAUUAUACUCAGAAGAAUCCUGCAAUGAAAUAUGAUGAUGAAUUCAGAACAACCAUAAAUCACGAAGGCAAAUUACUACCAAAUGCAGAUCAUUCCUUUAUAGCUGAUCACGAUGACAAAUAUGGGUUGUAACAUAUCAGGGAUCCUGCGAAGAUAUUGACACACUUGAAAUCAGUUGAAUUCAAAUAUUCAUUCAACGAUUUGAUCUACUUUUUGCGUCAUCUGGUUCACAUUUCAGAAGAACAUGGUCUAAGAUCGCAGAUAAUGAACAAUUACAAUUUUAAGGAGUUUUUGAAUCACAUAAAGAAAUGCUUGGUGACAAAUCAACAUGACAAAUUCCCCUUGAUUGGAUCCUACGCUUAUUGCUUGAACAAAUUGGAUAUCAACGACAGAGAAAUGUGGAGAUUACUGGAAUACAAAAUAUUAGAAGAUCAAUAUCAUACAACAUUUGAUGAGAGUGUCUUUGCAGCUCAAGGGUUCUGCAAAUUGCCGUUGAUGUAUUAUGGCCAAAGUGAAGAAACCAUAUAAGCCAGGAUUGAUAAGGUUUACAAGAAAUUGGAAAGAGUUAUUCGCAUAACCAUUUGGGAAGUCAACCCUGUCCAUUAUCAUUCCAUAGCAAUGGCAUUGGCCAAAGUCAAUAGAUUUGAUCCCCAAAUGUUUGCCAAAUUGGAACAACACAUCUUGACCAAUCUAUCCUUGAACUACACCACCAAGAUGAUGAUUGACAUCCUAUUCUGUUUUGCCAAGGGAAAGUAAGGAUCCUUGGAAUUUUACGAUUCGAUGCAAUAUGUCAUCUUCAAAGGUCACAUGUUCAAUCGAAACUAUUUCUUGCAAUCGCUCUCGGAAUUAAGUUACGAUGGACAUCUCGUAGCAAGAUUAUUAGGAAUCUACAAAGAAGCCUAGGAUAAGUAUCAUGAAUUCCAAUUGCAUCCUGACUUUCAAAGCAAAGUUCACAAUCUCAUGGUCAAUAAGCUGACUUAUUAUGAUUUAGAAUCUCUGGUAACAACUAUGACUCUACUACCCACCUUCCUGAAAGACGAUGCCAAAAAUAUCCAAAAUAAUCUAAUCAAUCGAAUUACCUAGAUUCCAGGUUAAUUCUAAAUCCAAGACAUAAUUAAAUUUUAUGAGUUCGUUGAGUAGAACUAUGAUGACAUCAAGAAUGCCCCAAUUUAAUAAAUGCAUUUCGUGGAGGAUAACCUAUACAAAUACAGCGAUUCUGUGAGCAUGGACGAUUUGAUUAUCAUAUUGCAAUAUUUGGUAUAGAAUUACGUUGAUCAUAGUAUGAGAGACCUAAGUUCAUAUUGUAGCCAGAUAAGUUUAUUAAUCAAGUCGUCAAGACCUUUGAUCAGAACAUUAAUCUAAUGACUGCAGCCUAGAUAGAUAUGUUGACAUCGCUCUUUUAGCCUUUUUUGGAGUUCCAAUAGAAACAGAUUGGAGAUUCUUUGAAUAUAAAGAGUACAUUAAAAAAGUUAAAGGACAUUCAACUAAUUAAGUAAUAUUAUUAGAAGUAAAUAGAAUGA